CCUGAUGAAAACCAUCACCAUCCCCAAAGGGUGUGAUUAAGACUGCUGUGAACAAACAAAACUGUGUGUGUGUUGAGAGGAGCGUGUGAGUUGAGCAGAGUGUGUGUGUUGAGCAGGACGUGUGUGGUGAGGUUCUCUCCUGUCAUGGCUGUGGAUUUUAGCGGAACGUGGCAGAUGUACGAGCAGGGAGACCCUGAGGAGUUCCUCGAAGCUGUGUCUGUACCACACCUAAUUGGAAAGAUAAUGAGGGAAGUGAAGCCCUUAAUGAUUAUAAAACAAACUGGUGAUGACUUUGUGAUCUCGAUUAAAACGCCCCUGCGCACAAACACCAACUCGUUCACCAUCGGCAAAGAGAGCGAAUUCACCACCAUGGACGGAGUGAAGACCCGGGCUACAGCACAAAGGGUUGAUGGGAAAAUUAUCAUAGAUACAGAAAAAGUCACACACAUGCGUGAGAUCCAGGGAGAGGAAAUGGUUGAGACUCUCAGAGCUGGCUCUGCAACCCUGGUCAGAAGAUACAGGAGGACUUGAAGCACACAUAGGCUGAAAUAAUAAAUAAUAAAAAUAAUAAUAAUUAAACAUUAAAAUAUGUUUUAUUUUAAAAAGCAGUUUUGUGUAAUAAUAAAAUUUAAAGUAGCUGUGUGUACUUAUAAUUUCACUUGCUUGUGUACUAUAAAUGUUAAACAUAGCUCCCUGGGAACAAAUAAAUAAUAACAAUAAUAAUAAUAAUAAUAAUAAUAAUAAUAAUAAAACAAUUAUUUAACAAUUAUUUAAAAUAAUUGAUUCCUAAUAAAGUUAUUCAGAUGUGAUGUAGCAGUGAACUGAGCACUGAUUGAUUGUGUGUGUGUGUGUGUGUUUUAAGCAGAGGUUUAAUUAGGGUUAGUGUGAAAUGUGACAUAUCGAUUUUAGGUAUUGAUGAGCGAGUGUGUAAUGAGAGAAAGAGACUCGCGUCUGUCACUUUUACUGCUAAACUGAUGAAAAGUUCCUCAGCACACAGUCCUGCUGUACGACUGACAGAACAGGUACGUGGCCUUCUCACUGCUUUCUUUGCUCAGCCGUGCUGUGGAUGAUUUAUAUCAGCAGUCAUUUUAAACACUUUCAUGGUAAAAUCCUGUAAAAUUAAACUUUUCAUAAACAUAAACUUCAAUGGACUAGAAAUGGACCAGAGUUAGACUUAAUAAACAAUUUUUUGUUAAAGUCAUUUAUUUUAAAGUACCUGCUCUACACAAAUAAUAAGCAUUAAACAAGCAGUUUAGCUUCUUAUCUCUCAGCACAUGGACGUUUAUUACGUCAAACUGAGGAUUGCUGAUAAAACAACAUGUGAUUAGCAGGUUAACUAAUAUAUACAUAAUAUAUACAACAUAUAACAAGCUAUAAAAAUGUGUUUAGCAUGUUUGCCAUUAACUAGCUAUAUAAUAUAAACAAGCUGUAAAAGAUAGGUAAGAAUGGCUAAAAACUGAAUCAAAUAAAAUGAAUGUAGAAAUGAUUAGCAUGCUAACUAUAAGCUAACUGAUAUAAAUCAUCUGUAAAACCAAUCAAAUUUGAUUAGCUUGUUAGGGUUAAGGAUUUAGCUAGCCAAUUAUUUCGUUUUUAUUUAGUGAGUGGUAGCGUGACCUUGUGACAUCCUGCUGUGUGUGUGCAUGUGUAAUAUUGAUCUGGUGCUGUCAAUGCUAAUCUAAUGAAAGCACACACACAAUGUGUCAUGUAUAUAUAUAGUGUAUUUACACAGCCUUGUCCUGAAUGCAGCGCUGAUAAAGCAUUAAAGUCUCCACAAUAACACAUAGUUAAUCACUGUGUGCUGUACUACAGAUCUGCACACGCUUUACUGCACUUAUUAUUAAUAAGGAAUUCAUGUGUUAUUUAUUGUCCAUCUGUCUGUGUGUCCAGGAUUCCCGUCAGCGCGAUAUCUCAAAAGUGAGUGGCUGAAUGUGUGUCAGAUUUAUAUGAUUAUCAUUUUAACCAGCAAAUGAACUGAUUAGAUGUUGGAAUUGAUUCAAACAGGGUCAAGGACACAGCAAGGUCAAAUGUCUGAAAUAGUUUUUCUUUAUCGCUUCCUCCGUGUUUGAAGUAUAUUUUAAGGAUAUUUAAUGAAAAUUACAAAUUAGAGGAAUUAGACGUGUUGGUGGCGGAGGCAUCUCCGUCCACGCUGAUGGUGUCGAGUUCUACUUGUUUAUUUAUUUUUUUAAUGUAUACAUGCUGUCUACACACACAUAUACACACACUGUAUAAUUGUAAAACAGGAACUAGUGAAACAUUACACACACUGCUUUCUGGAGUG